UCGUCUGCUAACUGCUUUUCAUUCAACGUGCGUUGAGUCUUACUCUAUACUCUUAGCUAAUGACUGUAAUGACUAAUGAGUAAAUUCAUAUUGAAUCAUGUCUGAAGAGUAUCAAUAUGAUUUGGAUGUUGCUCGUAAUAUCAGCCCAGAACGAAGCCCACAAGAAAGUUCAAAUUCUUCUAGUACAUCAGAUUCAAGUGAAGAAGAUGAUGUUCUACAUAACAAGAAAAGUGAUGCUGCUGGCUUUGAUUCUAGAAAGACUUGCGAUGAAGAUGUUGCUGUGGCUGAAGGCAACUAUUGGUAUACUCGUCCCUACUUUUCAUACUUUAAUUUUACAGCUGAGCUGAUUCAAUCGAAGCCUAAGGGUAAUGACAACAUCACAGGCACAUGUAAGAAGUGUGCGAAGGCAUGCAGUGGCCAAAUUCGAUCAACAACCAACUGGAUAAGGCACAUCAAGAAACACUCAGACUUGUUUAUUGAUUAUAAAAAGCAGAAGAAAGAACAGAAACUUGCCAGAGAUAAUGAAGCUGUUUCAUUAAAGAAAAUCGCUGCGAGGAAGAAAAGAAUUGUUGUUCGACAAUCUAAGCUGAAUUUCUUAUCAUCUAAGGCACCAUCCAAACUAACUAAGUUGGAACAAAGCAAAGUUGAUGCCCUAAUUACAAAUUUUAUAAUAAGUAAAGCUCUUCCACUCAACACUGUUGACGAUCCUUCUUUUAUUGCCCUUGUCAAUGGUCUACAGCCAAGAGCCAAUGUCAUGGGUACUACAAAAUUAAGAACACUGAUCAACGAAGAAAAAAAAAAAAUUUGAAGAACAACUUCGAAAUUCCCUGGCUGUUGUCAAAUUUGUGUGUUUCAAUGCCGAUAUGUGGUCAACACCACAUCGGUCGUGGAUCGCUGAAGUUAUCUAUGGAUAUCUUGACUGCCAAUUAAAAACACCAUGUGCGACUAGAUGGAAUUCUGAAUUCGACGCUGUCGAAUGCAUAUUGCAGCAAGACCAAGCCCUACUCAAAACAGUCAUGAAGAAACUGAAGAUCGAGGUCCUCGACGAAUCCGAUCUCACCCUUUUGAAGGAAUACCUGGCUAUUAUGGGGCCACUGGCGAAAUACUUAGAUGUGUUGCAAUCCGAGAACAACAAUUAUCUCGGUUGUGUUAUACCUUGUCUCCAAAAGAUAAAGUCGGGCAUGACCGAAUGCAAGGAUCUUGCUCCAAAUGGAUAUGGAGUUGCAAUCUCCCGUGGGCUUCUCGGUCAUAUUGAAAGACGAUUCAAACCACUUGUGGAAAGAGAUUCUCUUAUGAUUGCAACCACGGUCCACCCAAGGUUCAAGUUGAACUGGAUAGCCAAAGAAAACGAAAUGCUAGCAAGAAAAGUAAGGAUACUAAUUGAAGCUGGACUUGAAAAUCUGGAUCUUCACGGAGAUACUGCACACUGUGAGAACAUGGAAGACCCUUUACAAAUGCCUUCAAGAGCAACAUCAAUAAUGAACGAGCUUGAUCUUUUCUUGGUUGAUAAUGAUCGAAGCUUAAGUUCCCUAAAUAAAUAUCCCCGUAUUAAAGACCUUUUCCUCCGGUAUAAUACUGGCCUCCCCUCAAGCGCACCAGUCGAACGGUUGUUCAGCGCUGGCCCGUUGGUCUUGACUAUUAGAAGAAAUCGGUUAUCCGACGAGUUGUUUGAAACUCUGCUUAUUUUGAAAGUGCACAAAAGGCUGUAAGUGGUAUGGCGACCCUUUCUAAUACUGUCAUUUCUGGAUUAGAUUCUUUUCAAGGGCAAUUUUGCCUUCU